AUGAGUCACCGCAAGUUCGAGGCUCCCCGUCACGGCUCCCUGGCCUUCUUGCCCAGGAAGCGUGCUGCCCGUCACCGUGGCAGGGUCAAGUCCUUCCCCAAGGAUGACCCCAAAAAGCCGGUGCACCUGACCGCCGCCAUGGGCUACAAGGCCGGCAUGACGACGAUUGUGCGCGACCUGGACCGACCAGGCGCCAAGGCGAACAAGAAGGAAGUCGUCGAGGCCGUCACGGUCGUGGACACACCACCUAUGAUUGUUGUCGGUCUCGUGGGAUACAUUGAGACGCCGCGCGGGCUGCGCUCGCUGACGACGGUGUGGGCGGAGCACUUGUCCGACGAGGUCAAGCGCCGCUUCUACAAGAACUGGUACAAGAGCAAGAAGAAGGCGUUCACCAAGUACGCCCGCAAGCACUCGGACAACAAGGGCGCCAGCAUCACGCGCGAGCUGGAGCGCAUCCGCAAGUACUGCACCGUGGUGCGCGUCCUGGCCCACACGCAGAUCCGCAAGACGCCCCUCAAGCAGAAGAAGGCGCACCUGAUGGAGAUACAGAUCAACGGCGGCUCCGCCGCCGACAAGGUCGCCUUCGGCCACGGCCUGUUCGAGAAGCCCGUGGCCAUCGACUCCGUCUUUGAGCAGGACGAGAUGGUUGACGUGAUUGCCGUCACCAAGGGCCACGGCUUCAACGGCGUCACGGCCCGCUGGGGCACCAAGAAGCUGCCGCGCAAGACGCACAAGGGUCUGCGCAAGGUGGCCUGCAUCGGUGCGUGGCACCCGGCCCACGUGCAGUGGACGGUCGCCCGUGCGGGUCAGAUGGGCUACCACCACCGGACGUCGGUGAACCACAAGAUCUACCGCAUCGGCAAGGGCGAUGCCGACGACAAUGCCUCCACCGAGAUUGACAUCACCAAGAAGAAGAUUACUCCUAUGGGUGGCUUCGUUCGCUACGGCGAAAUCAACAACGACUUCGUCAUGCUCAAGGGCUCCAUCCCCGGUGUCAAGAAGCGCGUCAUGACGCUCCGCAAGUCCAUGUUCACGCACACCUCGCGCCGCGCCCUCGAGAAGAUCAACCUCAAAUGGAUCGACACCUCGUCCGAGUUCGGACACGGCGCUUUCCAAACACCCGCCGAGAAGAAGCAGUACCAGGGCACCCUCAAGAAGGAUCUCGCCUCCGCCUAG